AUGCUUGACAUCGACUGCAGCCAUCUGACCGUAGGCGUGGAUCACAAAGGCACUCGCAAAGGACAGCCAUACAAGGAGGAAGAACUGCUAGAACUGGAGUUCAGCGAUCGAAGCUUUACGCCGGAGGAGCUCGCAGAACUGGAUUCGGAUUGGGGAUCAUCUAGUGACCAUUUCAAGCAUAAUGAUUUCCAAGCUGUGAUUGACGCGCACGACUUCACAAUGAUCAACUUCUAUGCCGACUGGUGCAGUCACUGCAGAGACUUUGCUGCGACCUGGUUCGACUUCGAGAAAGCUGUCAAUGAGCAUAGGGUCGUUGCCAACGAUGCGGACGGCAAGCCAGCCGCUGUUCACCUCCUGCGACUGAACUGCGUCGACUUCCAGGACACCUGCCGGGAACAGAUGAUUCGUUUUUUCCCGGCGGUCCGCCUGUACCGAAGAAGUGCAAAGAAAGGUGAGUUCGAGGAGUAUAGUGGAGAGCGUAAUGCAGAUGGCAUGACCAGAUGGCUGCAAUCAAGCGUAGCCCAGCGGCACCUGCAUACCGGCGCGACGUAUCACAGCGUAUUCUCUGAGGGCUGUCGCGUUUCUGGUUCAGUCAAUGUAGCACGCGUGCCUGGGACGGUCCACUUUCAGGUGGGACAGUCAAAGGAGCGCGAUAUCAAUCCUGCCUUCACCAACGUCUCGCACACCGUUCACCACUUCAGCUUCGGAGAGGCCCCUCGAGGAUUGAAGGCUUCUCUACCGCGGCAAUACCGCUCGCACGUCAAUCCGCUGGACGGCCAGACUUUCCUGGUGGACAAGUUCCACAAGGCUCCCAGCCACUUCAUCAAGGUGGUACAUACCAGAUUCGAAGAUUCAGACCUGCGCAGCUACCAGCAGACGCACCAAUGGAGUGUACGAACUUUGCAACGAGGAACCACACCGCAGGCCAAAUUUUCCUUCGACUUGUCCCCGGUGGAGGUCGUUAUAGGCAAGUCCGACCGCAGGUGGUAUGAUUACAUCACUCAGAUCUUCGCGAUCACUGGUGGAGCCUUCACUGUGAUGUCGCUGGCAGCUGGCUUUCUCAAAGCUUCGAGCGUCCAUGUCAAGAGUAUGCUGGACAAGCUGAGCUAA